AUGCCGUCCUCCAAGGAAAUGCCUCCUUCCAAAACCCCUUUCUUCCCUAACCACUUUAUUCAGAAUCAAUUUUGCACCAAACCCCAAUUCCCUCCGCAAGAUACCGACCUCACAGGCAAGGUGGCUAUUGUGACGGGAUCCAACAGCGGCUUGGGCCUGGAAUGUGCCUGCCAACUGCUCUCCUACAAGCUCACUCGGCUGAUCAUGGCGGUCCGCUCCACCACAAAGGGUGAGAAUGCAGCUGCUGCGCUACGAGAGCAGUACCCUAAUGCCACUGUUAGCGUGUGGCAGUUGGAUAUGGCAUCUUACGACUCCGUCCGCGCCUUUGCGGCACGCGCGGAUAGAGAGCUCUCCCGUCUUGACAUUGCCCUCCUCAACGCAGGUGUAGGAUUUGGCGGCUUCAAGAUCGUGCCCGCCACCGGCCAUGAGGAGACUGUUCAGGUCAACUACCUUUCAACGAUGCUCCUGUCCAUCCUUCUGCUUCCUAUAUUGAAGGACAAAUCACCGGCGGGGUCGCCCGGGCGAUUGACCAUAAGCACAGCCAUGCUCUCCAUCACGGCCAAAUUUGCCAACAAGAACGAGGUCCCGCUUCUGCCCUCGUUCGACGACCAGAAGUAUUUCGACCCCAUGGACAUCUACUCGACCUCGAAGCUACUCGGCCAGUUGUUCGUGUGGAAACUCACCGACUUGGUGUCUGCCGACAACGUCGUGGUGAACCUGGUUGAGCCGGGCUUCGUCAAAGGCACGGAUCUUCACAGGGAUAGAUCCAUCCCCGCGAAGGUGUUCAUGAGCUUCUUCAAAGCAGCAGCUGCCAGAACCGUCAAAGUCGGUGCUUCAACAUAUCUCGAUGCUUCAAUCGUAAAGGGCAAAGAGUCACACGGCUGCAUUUUGAUGAACUGGGAAAUUGCACCGUAUGCCCCGUUUGAAUAUACACCGGAAGGCAAGACUGUUAUGGAAAGACUCUGGCAAGAGACAAUACACGAGUUCAACUUCGUUGAUACGAUGGGCAUCCUUAAGUCGCUAUGA